AUGGCGCUACUCCAAACAUCCCUGAUCUGGAUCGUAUAUGCUGUCGUCAUAGCUAUCUUGCUCGCGGUGGCAUCGGUAUUCAUUUACGUUUAUCAAACCCCGCGUGACCGUUCAACCUCUGUAACUCUGACGUGCAUAAUCGCCAUUACCUGUCUCCUGGCCACGGUUCUUCUGCUUCCGGUGGAUGUCGCACUGGUAUCGUCGACUACUUCUUCCAAGUUGGGCCGACGGAAAGACUGGGCCACCCAGGAUGCCGUCGACAAUAUCACCUAUUCUCUCACCAUCGUCUAUUACUUUCUGUACUCUCUGGAUUCAUUGCUAUGUCUGCUGGUCAUCCCCUUCACGUAUUUCUGGUACGAAGAAUACGAUGAGGUGGCCGUCGAGGCAGGCGAACAGACACUGGGGCAGCGCUUCUGGGGCGCUCUCAAAUAUACUCUCUCGUUCGUUGCCAUCGUGAUCAUACUUUUCCUUGUCGGAUUCCUCAUACCCAUCUCCAAUAACAAAAGGGAUAUGGAUUUGGAUUACUUCAAGCACUUGUUGACUGAAAAUCAUGGCGAGCGCGCACUGACAUUUGCUCUCGGGCUUCUGAUGACGCUGGGACUAUGCCUGUACGUCCUGUACACUUCGUCGGGGCUUGCUCUGUUUCCUAUUGGUCUUAUCAAGACAGCUCCUUCUAUUUCCAGCCCCACGUUGCGAGCAAGCACUGCUCACCAGCUUGAGACCAACCAAGAACGGCAGAGACAGCUUGAAGGUCGCUGUGGAGGCAAUACCGAGCUUCUUUCUUCGAAAGAACGCAGGGAGUUUGACACUCUUAUUCGUGAAGAAAGGACACUGAUUAGGCGACAACGUCUCGUUGAAGAAGCGCAAGGUGAAGGUCAUGGUUGGUUGAUGCAGGCAUGGUACAAGGUCGGAGUACUCCUUCGCCCGUUCAAGCUCCUUGGGGGCAUUCUGCUGUUCCUGCUUGCAUUUGUGACGUGGGUGUCUAUGCUCCUGACGGCCAUCGAUAAAGCGACAAACUCAAUUUGCAAGCACCGCUGUGGAUACAUACUCGGGCACGUCAAUGUCUUUAAUCCGGUCAACUGGGCUCUCGUUCAAUCUGCCAAAGUCUUUCCCGUCGACUAUGCCAUCUUUACGGUGCUUGUCUUACUGAUGUUCUCCAGCUCGGUUGUUGGUAUUGCCACGGUGGGGAUUCGCUUUCUUUGGAUUAGGAUCUUCCAAAUCCGAAAAGGCCAUACUUCACCCCAGGCUUUGCUCUUGGCAACCUCGAUGUUAAUGCUGAUUAUCUUGGCAUUGAAUUACUCCGUGUCCAUGCUGGUUGCUCCGCAAUAUGCGACAUUUGGCCCGCAAACCUUCUGUGAUCGCGCAACGACGUCUCCACUGGAACAGCCGGAUUGCUCUGACAGCAGAGAACUCAUUAAGCCGUGCUCUGAGCUAGCUGAAAAUCCCGCCGCACAACAAGUGUGCACCCCUAGCGUUGUCAGCACCUUUCUUAAUCGCGUCACUUUCAACUAUCCCUUCUUCGGCAUUGUGUUUUUCUGGGCCCAGUUCUUCUUCCUUGGAAUCUACCUGAUCAUCUUUGUUGCCUCGCUGUUUCGCUCACCAAGAUUGGAUGAGAGGCAACUCGACGAAGAUGCCGAAGAAGCUGAAGAAGAAGGCUUGCUGGCUAAUACAGGUAGACGAUUCAAUGCAACUUGGCAGGAUAUCACGGGCCGUGCUGGCCAGGGUGGUCGUCAAGACGAUCGUUCUUCUGAAUGA